AUGGGCCUUGCCCCUCUCUUCUCCGUGUUCUCGUCCUUCGGCCCAUUCGGCCCACCCAACGCAUUCAACGUCCCCCAGAAUCCCCGACUUUUGGACGGGUCCGCGCAAAUGCAGCAACGUGGGCCGACUAUCGUUGCGAUUCGACGGCAUCGCCGGGGAAAUUUGAUCAAUUUUGACUUUGUACCCCGGUGGGGUUACAGCCCGGGGUUGGCCCAGACAAAAUUCCCCGUGGUGGCGGAAGGGGUGGGUACAUCGUAUCGUGGAGGCUCGGCUUUGGGGGCCCUCAUUGACCUGUUGUUGAUGGACCUCUGCGGGCAGCCCGAGGAGGAACCCCCACAUCGCGCUGUUGCGCUCCUCUACCCUUCCUUAAUACGGCUUUUCCUGGUUUCCUGCGUCUGCUUCACAGGCGCCUGCGACCACACGGUUUCCGCAUCUCGAACCGCGCAGGUUUGCCCUGGCUGGGCGCUCGGGAAACGUCCGCAGGACGUGCCGCGCCGCCAAGAGGGGGGCGAAGGCCACUCCACGGGGGCGAAACUGGGCAAACCCUGGGGCAUCGCCGGAAGAGGUAAGCACGCCGCUGCUUGGCGUGGGGACCAAGCCUUUGACGGCCGGCUUGAGUUUCGGUCGACGCUAGACGCUAAUCGAUCGGAGAUUGCUCUGGACAGAGUCUCCGUGCGCGACCAUCCCAACCCAGUCGGCAGGGAGUACGGUGCUCCGGACUCACCCGUGCUUGUCCGGACCGACUUCAGCGGGCUGGAAUUGAGUUCGGAGGCGACGGUCGACCCGAGCCAAGGCAUUCCAUUCCAUAUAUUCUUCGUUGACCUCACUAGCCAAACCCUGCUUUCCGCCGAUGCCGGGCGAUGUGGCUUGCAUGCGACAAGGUUUUUUGCCGGACAUCGGCAGUAG